AUGAACGCCCUGCCAACCCUCAACGGAUCGAUAGGGUACAUCUUCACUUCAUGCGACCUGGAGAUGAAACACUCGGCUACCGUACCGUUCAAAGAUGUAGUCGAUCGAUUUGUGAUUCAUGAUAGACCACGCAGGCCGAUUGGGAAAGAAGAGAUAUUCCUCGGCGGGAGAAAUAUAAAUGCCAAAGAAUACCUGCUCUACGGAAGAUACUAUGUCCCAUCUUCCAGGCUCGAUGCGCUUUAUUCUGUCCGGUUAUCACCAACCCUCCAAGGUUUGAUCGCAGCAGUGUCCAACCCUCGUGCCCGUUUCUCGCCACCUCUCUCAAGUCCCCUGAGAGAAUCGGCAGGAAAUGUAAUGUUUAGUCUACAACAUGAUACAGGUCGAUGGUGUACCGAGUACAGCUGGUCAGCAGACGAUGGAAUGUGGGGUGUUCGCGUCUUGCAUAACUUUGGGAGGCUAGCAAACGAGGCGAUUGACGCUGAGAGGGUAGCGAGAAAGGAGAGAGAGAGAGGGACAAAGAGGGUGGAUGAGGAAGAGAGGAUGGAGGGAGGGCUCAAGGGACGAUUGUCGGCCGGUGCUGAGUUGUAUUUUAGUCUAAAGGAGAAGAGCGCUGGAGGUAUUGUCACUGGUAUCAGGUUCACAACUCUACCCGAUGCGUCGCCCCCAUCCACAUCGGGCACCCCCGACUCCAAUAUACCAGCGCAAACACCCACGACGUUAACAGCUACGUUUAACCCUAUGAUGGGUCACAUAUCAGCCGCAUAUGCUGCUCGCGCCUCGAGAGAUCUCGCACUCUGCUCUCGCUUUGAUUUUAACAUUUAUAGCUACGAGAGCGAGUGGACGAUGGGCGCCGAGUGGUGGUUGCGUCGAGCCGCCGGGAGACGGCUCACUACCGAUAUCCAAAAGGAAGAAACGGAAAACGACAAUUCGAAUAGCAGUGAGCCGGUUGCUUUGAAUGAUAUUUCACCUCCUGGACAAGAUGCGCCUUCACCUUUCCCUUCAAACGGGAUACCGGGAUUAGGAGGGGACGUUACAGGCGUUGUCAAAGCACGUAUAUCCACCAGUUCCGACGUCUCACUCAUGUGGGAGGGCCGGAUAAGGAAUAUGCUCGUCAGCCUGGGAGUUGUCUCAGACUUGUCAAACCGUUCCAAGCCGAUAAAAUCGAUCGGACUCGAGCUCGCGUAUUUCUCCGGGCCGGAGUAA